ACAGUAUUUGUUCAGAUUUCUUUGGAUGUAGAUGUGCGGUGACAACCUGAAAUAUUUCAAAUUUGUGAAAUGCUCAUAUUUUCCCAAGGGGUUUGAUUGUGUAACAGUGGAUAUUCCCUCGCAAGAAUGAAUACCUAUAUUCUUCUACUCACGUCUUCUCUUCGUAUCAUAUGUUCAUCUCCGCUGCGUCUUUUGAACAAUAUUGCGGAAAAUCCACCAAUUCAGGAUAUCGAUAAUUAUCUGCCGAAAGAAAGUGAUUUACCAAAGUAUGAGUACUCUACAUUCUUGGGAUAUAAAGGAGGUAAUGAUGUAUUCUUCAGUCAGCAUCAGCAGGAAACUCCUCUAGAUGAGCCAUGGCAGAAUUUAACUUUGCCAAUAGAAGUCGCCUCAUCAACCUUCUCCCCAAUUCCAAUCAUCAAUAAUUCCUCGGAUAUCUUCACUAUGGAGAAUUACACGGAUCCAGUACUCGAUCCUCUGAACGAUACUGAAAACGAGAUUCGUCUGAUGAACAGGACGUCAAGGCAAGAAUUGAAGAACUCCACCAGUACAGGGAGCCAGCUUGGAGUUCAGUUGGAGGCCCAGGAGGAAGGAGAAAGCGACGAGGAAGAAGGAAACAUGAUUACUGGUUUGAUUGGGGCUCUUCUGGGAGGUAUCCUCAAGCCUGAUGGGAGUAUUGAUACAGAAGCAAUCACUGGACUGCUUGGAAGUCUCAGCACUCAAAAUCCAGAUGGAACCUUCGAUUUUAUGGGAGUAACUGACCUUUUGAGAGGAUUCUUUGGGGGUGGAGAUGGUGGUGGUGGAUCUGAUAUUGGAUCAUUUGUUGGUGGAUUGGUUGGAGCUUUACUACAAGGAAUCGCCAAUCCACCUGGAGCUAAAGGAGUAGGAAAAUUGACAGGAAGCGUGGUAGCAGGCAUAUUGCCAUCACUAAGUGCCCCGCCUCUAGAUGAGAAUGGAGAACCCCAGGCUGGUAUUGAUCCAUUCGGAUUCGUAGGAGGAUUUUUGAAGACUUUCUUGAAUGGAAGCAGUACAAGUACGGCACCAGCUAACCAAACAGAUACUGGAAAGGGAAAUAAAUCGAAAUUUUCGAUCUUCAAAGCUAUUAUUUCGACCAUAACAUCACUUUUCUCCGCUUCGUCAGGUUCUAGUAGCUCUUGCAUGCCAACUAUGUUGUGUUGAAAUCAGAAUUGGUAGAUGAUGACUUGAAACUUGCAUUAUUUUAAGUAAUAAGAGAAAAAAGAUUGCUUAUAUUUUCAUUUUUCUCAAAAGUGAAGUUCUAUAAAUAAUAGUUGAUUUAUACGAAAAAUAAGAAAGUAGAGUAAUUAAUAUAUACAAGAAAAUAUGGCUAAAUGAUGAAGC